AUCUCAGUACAGCAGGUUCCUCUUACAGUUCUUCACAUUUGUGUGCUGGACGUCUCUUUAAAGAGAAAGAUUCAUUCUUCACAUUCAUCACCAUGAGAUUCAGAAGUGUUUAUCUUCUGCUGGGAGUUCUGCUCCUCAUCCACACCUCACACCAGCAAAACAAAAAGAAACUCACUGGUAAAAAAGAUUCUCAGAUUAGUGCUGCUUUAGAGGACCUACAGCAGCAGAUGAAAGAGAUCAUGGAUGACGUAAACAUCCUGAAGGAACAGCAGGCCCUGCAGACAGUCUGUCUCAAGGGUGUCAAGAUCCACGGCAAGUGUUUUCUGGUGGACACGGUGAAGAAACGCUACCACACAGCCAAUGAAGACUGCAUAGCCAAAGGUGGAAUCCUCAGCACUCCACUUUCAGCUGAAGAAAACACACAGCUCUACAAUUACGCACGCCACAGCCUCGGACCCGACGCCGUAAUCUGGCUGGGUGUGAAUGACAUGCAAACCGAGGGCGUGUGGAUGGAUCAGACCGGCUCGGCCAUUCGCUACAAGAACUGGCAGGCGACCCAACCCGACGGCAGAACUUCAGAGAACUGCGCUGUGCUCUCUGGCGCCUCCGGUGGCAAGUGGCAGGAUGAGAACUGUCGUGAAGAGAGAGCUUCUGUCUGUGAGUUUAACAUCGUCUGAGUCCAUCUGUGGCUUCAUUGACCUUAGCUGUCCUUUUCAUUGCGUAACCCUGCUUUGUAAUUAUAUAUUUUAUCUUUCGUAAACGUUUUGAGGAGAACAAAGAUUGUAAUUUCAUUUCUCUUUCGGCACAAAACGUUCACAUAAAGGAGCUGAUCUGUAAUUAGAUUGGAUUGAACACUGUAAUAUUGAAAAAGCAAUAAACUCAGUUUUGGACUGACUAGAUGUAAUGAUAUUGUGGGAUUGUUUUGUGUAUCUGCAAAAAACAACAACAUUUUGUACUUGCCUGUUGAUCAACAUAACGAAGUUUAUUUCAGAUUGCUAGCUUUAUGUUACUUGUUUAUUGUUUAACAAAUAAAUGUCUAGCCUGAUAUAA